GCCUGGUUUUAUUUAUGUGCAGCUUCUCCUUCUCGUCUUCUGAGAGAAGUGGAGGCUUCAGAAAAAAUAAAUCCAUUCCCAUGCAGCUAAUUAAGGAGGAGAGACUGUGAUGAAAGGGGAGGGGGAAGUGGAGGAAGCUUGUGAACUCCAAAUGGUAACGAACACUCAUCCAGUCCUUUCCUUUCUGUGAAGAAUUGCUCGGCUACAGAAAAUAUUCACUCCCGUUUUCCCUUUUGUAUUUCGGGGGCUGCAAGCAGACUGCCUGACUCAAAAGUCAGCAGCGGAAUAUUGCAGAGUAUAUUGGAUGAAAUCGCAGCAGUGGAGAAAAGCCAUGGAGAACAUAGGCUAUAUAUGGUGGCAGAAUGACAAAGCCUUUGUUUGCUACAGAAAACCAGGAAAACACUGAGAGAAUUGUGCAAUGAGGAAACAACCAUUUCAUUAAGAGCAUGAUGUGGAAAAGCAACAGUUCCAUUAUGGAUCCAGGCGAGGAGAACAGCGGAGAAGUCAGUGAUCUUCCCUUCUGCAGUGACAUACACAGCUUCUUAAGCUUCCAUGAACCAGUUGUACAGAGCAUCACCAUCUUUAUUUGCACAUAUGGACUGGUGGAGACAGUGAUUGCCAUCUGGUUCCUUGGCUUCCACAUUAAGACCAACAAUCCCCUGACCACCUACUUCCUGAAUUUGGCUGUUGCAGACUUUGGUAUCCUCAGUUUUUCACUUGGUUUUGCUAGCCUCGGUGUCACUGAGUACUCUCAGAGAAUAACAGUAACCACACAACUAAAAAUGUCUAUGGUUUUCCUCUUCCUCUUCGCAUACACUGCAGACUUGUGCCUCCUGACAGCCAUCAAUGUGGAGAGGUGUCUGUCUGUCUGUUUUCCAAUCUGGUACCGAUGCGACCGGCCAAGAUUCAUUUCCAUUCUGGCCUCAUUCAUGAUCUGGUUCAUGUCCAUGUUGUUCUAUGGAAUAACCAUGAUAUUUUUCUAUGAUGGCAUCCCUGGAAGUUCUGCCAUAAUGAUCCGAAUCAUCUCUACUGGGAACAUUUUUUUCCUCGGUUUUCUUAUGGUCAUCUCGACAUUGAUCCGGUUCACCAGGAUUUCUUUCAACACACAAGAUCAGCAAAGAAUACUGUGGGUUACCCUUCCACUCACAAUCAUAUUGUUCCUCUGCUUUGCCAUUCCAGUCAGCAUCUUCUACUUCAUGGACUACUUCUGUUAUAGUCCUCCUCCUAUGUUUAUGUUGAUUGGUUUCUUACUUAUCUCUUUCAACAGUACAGUAAACCCUCUAAUUUACUAUGUGAUUGGAGGCCAAUGGAAGCGUUGGAAAAGGAGGAAGGUCAAAGCAUUCCAAAAUGCUUUAAGGGAUGAAGCAGAUUCCGGACUAUAAAGCUUACCUGCUGCAUUUGAGGGAAAGCUAGAGAUCCUCAGAAGAUCCUCUUGAAUUCCUCUUCUGAGGAAUUCCAGCAUUCCUGAGAACGCUCAUUUCAUUGGAUCUUUGUAAGCUGGCUUUCUGCCUCAGUCCACCCAUGGCAGUAAAUCAAGUUCACAUCCAUAAAAUGGAAUGAUGCAAUAUCAAAACACCAGCCAAAAGGAAAAAGAAAAGGCAUCCGCUGUGGAUCAUUUUGUUACAAUGCAACAAUAUGGGAAAGAUAAAAAUGUUUCAUUAUUAUACUUUCUUUAAAAAGCAAUUAAAAUAUUAAAAUGUGCAGCUGAAGCAACUUCA